AUGAGGGCUAAGGGCACCUUCGCGAACCCAGCAUCAAUCAAGGAGGAUAAAAUGCGUAGCAGAAGAAGACGGGCAGCAGUGUCUUCUACUCAUCUUGGCCAGAACUGCGAUCGCCAACCCGCCUGCCAAGCGUGGCGAUUAUGGCAAAACCCCAAAGAUGAUAUGUUCACACACCAAAGAAUUGGCUCCUACUUCCCGGCAGUCCUGCUCUUCCUAGUCACGGUAGCGGCUUUGGAAACAGGGCAUGGGGUGCGAAGAAUCCCCGGGAGUGACCCGGCUACCAUCAGCGACGACGACUGGACUUGGCAACCUACAACACGCGCACAUUUGACAACCGACGCAAAGCUCACAGAAUUGGAAGAAGCUGAGAAGCUAUUAGUUUAUGCUCAGACCUCGACACACCCAGAUGACGAGGUGGAGGCUAUGCAUGAGGAAAUCUCAAAAGUCAUGCAUAGCUACAAAACCCACUACACGGUUGUGAUGGGGGACUUCAAUACAAAAUUGGAAAAGCGUUACGGUGAUGUGCUGAGAGUGAGGGCCAAUUUGGAGUUGGACUACGGAACACCAGAGACCGGAUGUUGGAAAUCUCCAACUCGAAAAUGGACCUGGAUGAGUCCGGACGGUAAAGUAAAAAAUGAGAUUGACUUUAUCAUGUCGACGGAAAGGCCUAUAUUCAAUGAUGUCUCUGUGAUCAACACCGUUAAAACAGGAAGUGAUCACCAGCAUAUUAAAGAGGCCAUUGAGCAGAACAAAGGCUCCGAGGUGUUCGCGAGAGAUCUGUCUAUUGGGCAAAGUCAACUGACGAAGCUGAAAACUGAUGACGGUAGCAUCAUUUCAUCUAAGUCUGAAAUCCUGAAGGAAGUAGAAAGUUUCUAUCGACAGCUAUAUUUUACGAAAGCACCUGUUGAAAGCGAGGCUAAAGACGCCAGAGCCAAGCUUACCCGACAUUAUACCGAAGAUAUCCCGGACCUCAACCGGCACUCCUCGCUCGCGAACGCCCGCGACAUCCCCGGCGACGUCACCGGCCCUCUAAUUGAUGCGGGAUGUGAUCGCGGCCUAAAACGACCCAUUCACUACCUGCUUGGCAGCCCGCCGCGCAGGAAGGAGACUGCUCACACAAUAUCCUGCAUGUGGCCCAGCUGCCGGCACGGAAGAAAGAUUCUCUGCCCAGCAACCGCCACAUCGCACCCAGAAACACAACAACGCAUCAUCAUAAGAAGGGAAUUGGCUGAAAUCAACUCACGAACUAUCACCGGCAAAGUUUUGGAGUUGCCGCGAACGCAAAGGACAGACCGACACGCGGCACAGCACAGCACGGAUGCGGUCGCCGCGCGACUGCCGGACGACGUCGCGCCGACGCCGCGCCGACGCCGUCACGACCGCCUGCGGCUCGUUCCUACGCUACCGCCACUACAAAUGGACAAAUGCUGUUAA